UAGUCUAGGAUAUGCUGCUACUCGCUUAUAACCCCACCUUCCAACCAAAUUCCUAACUCUAACAAACAACAUUGCUUCCAGGGGCCAGCACAGAACACUCACUAACAAACUACAGUGACAAUGGCAGAAAAGGAGCAAGAGAAGCCUUUGGACAAGGACCCGGAACAGCAGUGUGGUGUCUCCACCACUGCACAUGGCAACAGUGCCCAAGCCAGUAACAGGAUUCACGAUUUCAAUCUUCAACCUCAACACAGCAGUGAAUGUAAUGAUCCAUUCCCCCGAUCUCCAAAACUGGGAAGAGCAGCAACAGGGAGAAACUUAGAGGCAAGGCUGUCCCAUCACCUUGAAGAACUCAGUGCUGAAAAAGCAAGAACUGAAGCUCACAUCCGGUCUUUAAAGAAAAGAAGCCUUGACCUAAGAGGUACUGCAGAUCUGAUGAAACAACAGAUCUCUGAAAGAUACGACACAAUAAGAAAAGCACUGCACAGAGACGAGCAAGCUACCUUAGAAACUAUAGAAGAAGACAACAGAGUGACCAGUGGUAGGCUAAACAAAGUCAUCAAGGGAUGGAGUGAGCACCUGGCCCAGGUUCAAAAGGAAUUCAAAAACAUACAAAAAUCCCUGGAGCAGACCAGAGCUGGCUAUGCACUGCAGGACAUCAGUGUUGAGCUCAGCUAUCACAAGAAAACUGAGAUUGGGGAGUUGGGGAUACAAAUGAAUGAAUCAAGAAUUCAAAGACUGUUGAAAAUCUUGCAAAAUAUUUCAAAAGAUCUUGAAGCACAAUUGAAACGAAAAUCAUUCUUGCUGGACUAUUCUACGGUCACCUUUGACCAGAAUACAUCACACAAAAACCUGAUGGUGUCUAAGGAUCAAACCAGCAUGUGCUUUACCAGUGAACCACAGCCAGCGGCCGACAAUCCGCUUCAGUUUGAUAAGGUCUGCAGUGCUCUUGGCACAACAAGUUGGCUCACAGGAAGGCACUACUGGGAGGUGGAUGUCAAGUGCUGCUCUGAUUGGAGUGUCGGAAUAGCCUACAGGACAAUUGAGCGCAAAGGAAAACUGAAAACUGCUAAGCUGGGAAGAAACAGGCACUCCUGGUGUAUCGAGCUCAGGGAUAACCAGCUUUCAGCCUGGCACAAUGAUCGUCAUAUCAGCUGUGGGAUAAGGCAUCCUACUUUACAUCGAGUCGGUGUGUUUGUGGAUUACGAAAAGGGCCUCCUAGCAUUUUACAAUGCCAGUACCAUGAAGCCCAUACAGGAGAUUUCUUGCGUGACAGGCGCAGUUUUUGACAGAAUGCGCCACCACUUCACCGAGCCAGUCUUGCCUGCUUUCCGACUUUUCCCCUCCCAUUCCAGACCAUCCACACCUGACCAUAUUGAAAUCUGCACCCUGGACAAAUAGCUCACAGUAUUUGGGUGCCCUUUUAUCACAUAAAUAAAUGAUUUUCCUUUCCAUACACCUGCCUGCUAAGCCUUAACUUCUAUCUCUUGUAGAAGAAUACAAGAGAUAACCAGUAAUGCUCCAAUUGUGUGCUUAUUUUUAUACUAUACAAAAUUUAUAUAUAUAUAUAUAUAUAUAUAUAUAUAUAUAGUCUAUUUGGAAACUAUAAGUAAAAUGUAUGUUAACAAAAAUACAACUUGUGUAGUUGUCAAAGUAACAUAAUAUCAAGUAUACAAUUAUUCUACUGGAAUACUUACUCCAUGCAUUAUCCAUUACAGAUGCACAUUUCCUUCAUGAAAAAAAACAACAUACAUUCAGCUCUUUAAAGUACACAUAUAACCAUUGCUAGAUACUGCAACUAUUUUUUUUUUAUUCUGUAGGACCAUAAGAGUAUUUAAACGGUUAAACUUUGCUGUAAUGAUCUAGUACCAGAAAUAAAGUUGAGGAGUUUGUAACAGUGUAGCUUGGAAAGAAAUAGGACCCAGGUCACCAGAGUAACAUCUGAGACAGGCCCUCCCAAAUUCCUGAAGCCUGGAUUAAGCCUCUGAAUCAGUAAAAAACAGCAAGCAUGGAUGCACCUGGUUCUCAAGGUUGGUUGUUGCAAAAAGGCACAGUUCUAAUUAGGAGAGAAGCUGGUCUUUGUUCCAGUGAAUUAUACAGUCAGUCAGAGAAAGGAAAGAGCAGCUGACAACAGCCUCACCGAUUAGCUCUUCGCAAUAUUCAAAAGGAACAUCACAGAAUUUGGUCAGAAUUGUGAGAAACUUAAAUAAUACAAAAAGGACAUAAAGCGAAUAAUACCAACAGGAUCGCCACUGAAAAAGAGGAAAGGUCAGCAAUCGUUGAACCAAUACAUGAAUGAACUGAUCUGGCCUGCCAGCACCGGUCAAAUUUACAGCAAGAUUUCUUAUAUACUGGGCGAGACUGGGUUUGUCUGACCAGGAAUACAGACAGACUCUACUGCAAGUGGAACCACAGACAGCUGAAUCAUACCCUGCAUUGACUCUGCAAGGCAAAAGAGAUUUAACAGAAUCUAUAUGUGGGAAUGUAAUAUUAUAUAUUAUAUAAAAAUAUAUAUACACACACACACACACAAGCAGAGACAGAGAGAGUUAUAAAGUAUCAGGGUGUGGCCAUAAGUUGGGUCAAGUGUAAUUCUGAUGGAAAUAGGGCAGCAGUGUGGAGUAGUGGUUAAGGCUCUGGACUCUUGACCGGAGGGUCGUGGGUUCAAUCCCCGGUGGGGACACUGCUGCUGUACCCUUGAGCAAGGUACUUUACCUAGAUUGCUCCAGUAAAAACCCAACUGUAUAAAUGGGUAAUUGUAUGUAAAAAUAAUGUGAUAUCUUGUAACAAUUGUAAGUCGCCCUGGAUAAGGGCGUCAGCUAAGAAAUAAAUAAUAAUAAAUAAAUAAUAAAUAAUUUAACAGUCAAACACAGUGAAAAAAAUUUAAGCAAUCUACUUUCCGGUAAUUGAAAUUGGUGCUGGAAUAAAUAUAGAAUGAAUAACAACUAUAAAACAGAUUGUUAGAAUGAUGCAUGCUGAUUGGUCCGUCAAGGUUCCAAGUCGUUACAAUAUCCAGCACAAUGUCACAAUUAGGAACUACUUUGGAACAAAAGCAAAUCACUGCGCCACCAAAAUCAAAGAAAAUACCUGCUGUCAUGGAAGACACUGAAGACAUCAAGAUGUCUUGUCAUUUUUUAUAUUAAUAUGCACUACGAACCAGUUUACUAUUUUAAACAAGACACUGUUCCGGUAUUUUUAUUUUCAGUCAGUUUUAUUUUCCUCCUUUUAGAUCAGUCGUCGUUUUGUGAAACUGACUCUUCUAUUAAUUUUUAAUUGUGGAUAUUUGAUAUGUUUCUGCAGUAUUUACAUUACUACACGUGAUGUCUUAACCAUCCGACUCUUGCCUUUCUUCAGUCUCUCUUCUCCUUUACCCCACACUCACUCUUUACAGGUACACAAAUGUAACACUGACGUGCUAGAAAAAUACUCAAAAUUAAAUUAAUACCACAAAACAAACAAAUUGGGCUGUUAAAUGUUUAAAUGACUUACUUUCCAAAAAAAGGGACUUAAAAUGAAUUACUUAAUUAAUAAUCUUCAUCCUAACAAAACCUUAAACUCUUACACUGUUUGGUAUACACUAGAGCCAAUGGGAGUGAAUUAUCUAGAAACAGUGUUACAUAGAAUAUGCAGUAAGGGCUCACAGAUAUACUAAGCAAGUUUUUUUGAUAGUUAAUUAAAGGCAGAACAAUGACCUGAAACACAUCUAAGCAGGGUUUUUAUAGUUACUUACUUAGUUACAUUUAACUUAAUAUCAAUAGCUAAAUUUAAUGUACUGAUUAUUUUGACACAAAUUAACUUUCUUACUUCUGUACAGUAUUACUGAAAUCACGUUGAUAAAAUGUAUAGACUAUAUAACCGUGUUGUAUUGUUAUUGUGUAUUACUGAACUCACUUUGAUCAAAUGUAUAGACUAUAUAACCGUGUUGUGUUGUUAUUGUGUAUUACUGAACUCACUUUGAUAAAAUCUAGACUAUAUAACCGUGUUGUGUUGUUAUUGUUUGACAUUUUCCAGAUCUUGAGCUUGGUUGUUAGUAAUUAAUAAUUAAGAGGGCUGAUUAAUUAAAACCAUUACACAUAUCAG